CCAAUCAACAUACACAAACAGGGAGGAGAAAAGAGAAUGCCGAUAAGGACACAGGGAAAGGGGCAGCGUGCCCUUGUCAUUUCCCAAAGUCUCCCAGCGGGAUCCCGGUGCCCUCUGCCCUUAAUCAAGAUGGCCGCCUUGGGGGGGCUCUAGCGCACGGUGGAAUAUGGCGGUGCUUCCGGUCCCGAUGCCCUCAGCGAACAUGGCGGCAGUGGAGAAGCGGCGGCCAGCGGUAGCACCACCGGCUGGUUUCACGGACAGCGGCCGCCAGUCGGUAUCCCGGGCGGCUGGGGCGGCCGAGAGCGAGGAGGACUUCCUGCGGCAGGUCGGCGUGACGGAGAUGCUACGGGCGGCCCUGCUGAAGGUGCUGGAGGCGCGGCCCGAGGAACCGAUCGCCUUCCUGGCCCACUACUUCGAGAACAUGGGCCUGCGCUCGCCUGUAAAUGGCGGCGCUGGGGAGCCCCCGGGCCAGCUUCUGCUGCAGCAGCAGCGCCUGGGCCGCGCACUGUGGCACCUUCGCCUGGCCCACCACUCCCAGAGGUGCGCAGCGGGCCGGCUUGGGCGGGUGGGGCGGAGGCGGACUUCAAUUCCCAGCAUGCCCCGCGCGGCUCCUUACCCGCAGCGCCGGCUCGGGGGCCCGGGGCGUGCUGGGAGUUGUAGUCUGCGGUGCCUUUUUGGGAGGGAUGGACCGGACAAGGUGGGCUUGGGUCCGGCGCUGGGCAGCGCGCUGCAUGCGGCGCGAGCCCUUCUGGCCGGCUUCGCGUCUGUGAUGCCUUUUUGCAGGUACUGAGUUUCACCUUGCAGUUCAUGAUUUUCAAAAUCAUGCUAUUUACAGAGAGCAGCCCAGUCACCCAGGGCCCCCACCUUAGGGGACAGGCUCCCAGAAGGCAAGUGGGGAUUCCUGGAAGAGCCUGGCGAUGCGCAGGGCGGGGAGUUUUCAGGGAACAGGCCCAGCAGGUGCAAAUUUAGAGCCGGAGUGUGGGACACAUGAGAGGCGGGAAGGCCGCGGAGUUUGGCGGAAGCGUGAGGGGCUGCAGGUGCCUAUGCGCGGUGUCCCCUGGUUGGGGCCAGUUCUGAGCCCAGGAAGGUGGUUGAGGACUAUGUGUUAACGUUGGGUAUGGAUGGGCUGCUUUCUUUUUUGUUGGAGGGGGUCCCCAGAAGCGGAGCCUGAGGUAGGCAUUUUGUGUACUGGUGAUUUUAUAAGGAGGUGCACCCAAGAGAACCCAGGAAGGGGGUGGGAAGAGCAGGCAAGGAAGGAUGCCAAGCAAAGGUGUCCUUUCAGCCUCAUAACCAGGGCAUAAGCGCCCACCAUGGCAGCCCUCGCCAGAGUCCCAGAGAAGUUCGGGGGGAGAAGAGAGCCGGGGAGUGUCCCCUCCCACCACGGUCACGGUGCACAGGUGUACAAGAUCAUACUCAGAUAAGGGUGGCAGGGUGUUGGGGAUCUGGACAAGGAGCAGACUUGUUCCAGUGGCCCAGUGGCUCUGAAGGCCCCGCCCGAGGAUUUGCUGGGGCCGGGUGGGAGGGGAGCGGGCAACGGCAGGCCCAGAGGGUCAGUGGAGCCAUUUACUGCAAUGGAAGGCCCCCGGUUUGAAGAAGCUGCCAGAGUCACUUGUGGAUUAAGUUAGAGGCUGGAAGGAGCCUAGAAACGGGAAAGUGGACAGAAGUGUCUGCAACUGAGACAUGGGGCCAGGACAGGAGACUGGACUGGGAGGGGUCCUGCAGGCUUCAGGAGAGAUGAGAAGAGUUCAGAACCACACUCUGAGGGCACACAGCCCAGAGAACCCACAAGAAAGGGUGGGAAGGCGAGACCAGAGGUGAAGGGGGAGCAGGAGGAAGAUGGCCUCCCCGGAUAUCUGGAAGAGAAUCUCCCAAGGAGGAAAAGGGGUCAACAGCAGGCCCACCAUAUAUGGUUGUUCAGGUUGAGUACUGCACAAGCCACUCACCCCAUAGA